AUGUCCGCUGGGCGCUCGUGGUUCGCCAUGCUGCUGCUGGCAACAAUCGCUAUGGUGGCCUCGGCCUCGUCGCUUUGGGAUCACCGACAGCUGAGUACUCAAGAAAUCCACCAGCGUUUGUUGACUGAGCAAGCCGCUAUGGUGGACGACACGGCUACUUGUGACGAGAUGCUGGAGAAUAGUUUUCUGGCCGGUCCAUUGAAGUCCCUGCCUGCUUUUGGAGGAUUCCGUACCUGUGUUAAUGCAAACAUCUUCGACCUCUACCCCGCUAUCGCGAGCUCGCCGAAGUGUGAUCUUUCGACUCUCCUUUCAUUGGUGGACGGGGACUCGAACGACCUACCUGCCUUCAUGGAGGUGUUUAAAAAUCUUUUGGGCGGUGUGAUGAGUUCAAACAUCUCUUCGGUGGAUUUAAAAACUACGCUCUCUGUGUGGAGUACCAAUACCACCAAGCUGAACGGGUUUUGCAACAUUAUGAACACGAAGGCAGGACCGUGCAUCGAGACGCUAUUACCUGCACUAAUUGCGCUAUUCGAGAGCGAUGCGGUGUGCUGUCACGAACUCAACGGGUAUCUGGAAGUGCUGAAGCUUCUUGUACCUGCGGGUCAAACACUGGAACAAAUCCUUAUCGACAUUUUGAAUGGCCUUCAUCAGACAAUGUGCACUACUGCAAACUCCGACGGAGAGGUUUGUGCGGCUCACUUGAGCUCCUAUCUCUCUGAAGCCAUCAGUCCUAAAGAAUCGUCAUUGCUUGGUGCAAUUAUCUUCCGAGCUGGAGUGCCGCUAUAUACUGUUGCUGAGAAAGAUGUCUGCUCGUCGCUAGAGAGAACGAGUCUGGCCAGCGGUUUGGCGAAUAGCGCGAGUAUUCCGUACUAUGCGGCAUCGUGUUGUGCCUCGGGACUAUCGAUGUUCCUACAGAGUCUCGAUGCUGUGAUGAUACACCUAUCCGGUAACUCACUAGCGGAGUUAUUCACUCUGAUCACGGGUAGACAGCAUGCCGCGACGCAGUUUGCUACGCUGUACCCCACAAUUCAAAGCUGCGCGUUCGAAUCAACAUGUACCAGUCCAAACUUUACCCUUUCAGUUUCCAAUACCAGCUCCAAUGCUACUACUCCUUGGCCGAGCCGGGACGCCGUUGCCGGUAAGACCCGCUCCCCAACGAACGUCACGUGCAAGCUAGUGAAGUUGUGCGACACCAACAAUGUAUGCAGCGAGGUGUGCGAGGCUGGAACUGCCAGUAUCGAUCCAUGGGUGGCCGAUGCUAUUGUCUACCAGAAUGAGGUGUCAUACAAGGAGACUCUGUGCUACACACAGCUACCAGCUACCCACAACAGUGUCAUCACCCAGGCUCGUGGUUACGGUAACCGUGAUCAACUCUUCAACGCGAUGUUAAACGCCUCGAACCCCGACUCGUACAUGCGCACCAGUAACCAGUUUUUGAGUCUUACCGAUCAGCUGAAUUUGGGUACCCGGUUUUUGGAGCUGGACGUGCACUACUUUGCAUCGGCACUGCAUGAUGCUCACUGCUCCAACUUUGGAGUAUCUCUUAUCAAUUCACUAUCAAAGGACAUGGUGAUUUCUCUGAAAUCCGUUCUGGAAGCAAGCGGUGAAGACAGCACGGUCGAAUGGACUUCCGAUUUAGUUGGCUGUCUGCCUUCGUUGAGUGGUAUCCGUGCCGAAGAGCAGCGUCUGCAUAAUGAAUCGCUAAUUGAGAUCGCCACUUGGCUGUCCAGCCAUCCGAAUGACUUCGUUGUGCUGUUCGCAGACAUCGGUGACGAGGUCGCAUCGUUUGGUCAGACAGAUGCGCUACUGAAGCUCUACGCGAAUACGUUCGGAGACCGUCUAUUCUCACCUGCAGAUUUCGAGAGUUCCGGCGGUGACUGGAACGGAUUCACGUUGGAAGAUCUGAUCCGUCAGGGCAAGCAAGUUGUAUUGGUGACUGCAUCGGAGGCGAACAGUGUGAUGUUCUACUCGCGUGAAAUGUGUGCUGGUUGGGUAGAUAUCCCGAGAAACGCGACUGGCCCAGCGGGUACGUUUUUCGGUGAGACUAUGAAUGCCGGUAAGAUUGUGCGCGCAUUCGAGAGCGAGUUGCACUACGCUACCUUCGGUGAGGGAUCGUUCGGUGGGGGCAAUAAGACCGCAGAUACGCCUGCACAGCCGGCCAAGGUGAACGCCUCCAAUGUACCGGUGUUCGUGGACGCCGGAGUGAAUUUUGUGGCACCAGAUGGACUGGACGGAGCGACGAUGGCCGCCAUGGUUUGGUCGUGGGCAGAGAAUGAGCCUGACGUUAGCACGAGCACUGCCGUGAUGCUCUCGGGUGCGGAUGGGCGUUGGCAUGGUGUUGCGGAUUCGUUGAGCAUCUCUCACGUGGCUUGUGUGAGCAGCAGCAACCGAUCGACGUGGAAGGUUGUAGCCAAGGGUUCGAACUGCCCCGACGGAUUUGCAACUGGUGCACCACGUCUUGCAGUGGAAAAUGUGGCGUUGCUGACUGUGCUUCGUCUCGAGGCAGGCGCCGCGACAGCCCAACUGGACGUGGACUUGAGCAGCAUUUCAACUGGUCAAGUGACGCAGCUGGACGUGAACGUCCCUGCCUUGCCGGUGGCAGUCUAGGUAGCAAAAUUAUCGCGGAUAGAGGAAGAGAUAAGAUUCUACAUUUACUUCGAAGUAGUUAGAUUUCGCCUGGAUGGCAUCGCAAGUGCCUGGCAGAAGAGUAUUACUCCAAAAUAAACCGCUGGAAGUGGCCACGAUUCACCCCAGCGACACUUCGAACGCUAAAAUAGCUAACGUGUUACCUGUGCAACGAGGAAUUCAUUCGUGAG